AAGAGCUUUGCCGACACUCUGAUCGGCAUGCUGAACAACAUGAAAUGCUUCGGGCCAGCCGAAGCCACGCAGAUUAUCGACGCCUUGAGGGGUGAGCCAUGCGGCGAAGAUCAGACCAAGAGGAUGAUGUCAAUCGUCGACAGCAAGGUCGCCAAGGGCAGUGGCCCCGCCAAGCCAGAAGGCUCCGCGAACAAGCAAUUGCUUAAAGAGUGGUGGUCGUACUUGACGUCGUCUGACUGGGUUGUAAUCAAUGACCCCAAGAUUUCGCUGAAUCGCAAGAUGACGACCUUGGUCGAACGCGGCGUGGCGGUUGGUUGCACUGAGCCUAGUGAGCAGACGUACAAGUGGGGAUUAGCAACGUUGCUUGUGACGCAUUACGACGCCCCACCCGAGCCGAGGAAGGUGCACAGCAUCUUAGGGGAUUUGAAGGUGUCGUUCAAGACAGAGAAAAAGGACUUCGGCUUUGACCGCAUCAUGGAAUAUCCAGCUUCGCCAUCCGAGCUUCCACCCGACAUCGUCAAUGCCGCCUACCCUGGGGAUGACCAGCCGACCAAGAUCGAGCUUAAAGGCAUAAACGCAAUCGCGGACAAGAUCUCGCUACGCUCCAACAGAGGUGCGCUCGUUGCAUCACCGAACGACCCGAUCGAGAUGGGAUUGUUUUACGAAUACCAGCAGACAUUGCUCGAGUACCGCAAAGGGAAAAGCCAG